CGAGAAUGAACAGUUUGGGGGCGGGGCUUCUAUCUCUCGUUCUAGUCUCGAGCUCCACUCCAGUCGAGCAGUCUCGGCUCCACUGCAAGGCCGACUCUGCUCUUCUAACUCCUCCCCCUCUCCUAUUGCCGGAACUUCGCCAUGGCUCAGAAACCUCAGCUCCGCGGGAUGACCAGCCUGCGUUUCAACCAAGACCAGAGUUGUUUCUGUUGUGCCAUGGAGACGGGCGUCCGGAUCUACAACGUUGAGCCCCUGAUGGAGAAGGGCCACCUGGACCACGAGCAGGUGGGCAGUGUGGCGCUGGUGGAGAUGUUGCACCGCUCCAACCUACUGGCCAUCGUGGGUGGCGGCGGCAGCCCCAAGUUCUCGGAGAUCUCGGUGUUAGUAUGGGACGACGCUCGAGAGGGCCGAGACAGCCAGGACAAACUGGUGCUCGAGUUUACCUUUACCAAGCCCGCCCUGGCCGUGCGCAUGCGGCACGACAAGAUCGUCAUCGUCCUGCGGAACCGCAUCUACGUCUACUCCUUCCCCAACGACCCACAGAAACUGUUUGAGUUCGACACCCGCGACAACCCUAAGGGCCUGUGCGACCUCUGCCCCAGCCUGGAGAAGCAGCUCCUGGUGUUCCCGGGCCACAAGUGUGGCAGUCUCCAGCUAGUGGACCUGGCAAGCACCAAACCUGGCACUUCGUCGGCGCCCUUCACCAUCAACGCGCACCAGAGUGAGGUGGCCUGUGUGUCCCUCAACCAGCCGGGCACCGUUGUGGCGUCCGCAUCUCAGAAAGGAACCCUCAUCCGCCUUUUCGACACACAGACCAAGGAGAAGCUGGUGGAGCUAAGACGCGGAACAGACCCAGCCACCCUUUACUGCAUCAACUUCAGCCACGACUCCUCCUUCCUCUGCGCCUCCAGUGACAAGGGCACGGUCCAUGUCUUCGCCCUCAAGGACACCAGGCUCAACCGAAGAUCUGCCCUGGCGAGAGUGGGCAAGGUGGGUCCCAUGAUUGGCCAGUACGUAGACUCGCAGUGGAGCCUGGCCAGCUUCACAGUCCCCGCAGAGUCUGCCUGCAUCUGUGCUUUUGGCCGGAACACCUCCAAGAAUGUCAACUCUGUCAUUGCUAUCUGCGUGGACGGCACCUUCCACAAGUACGUCUUCACCCCCGAUGGGAACUGUAACAGGGAGGCGUUCGAUGUGUACUUGGACAUCUGCGACGAUGAUGAUUUCUGAGAAACCUGGUCUCCCUCUCUUCCCCACCCCCCACCUCGCUGGGGGCCUUCUCUUACAUUCAGGUAUUUCCUGGAUGAUAUCCUUAUACCACUUCUUACCCACAGGUAGGUCAUUGUUGGAAAUGUGCUUUGGCCUAUUUGUGCAUCUCUCCAUUGCCUUUUAGUUGACCUGCAAUUUUGAUUUGCCGGAGAUUGUGGUAUUCCAGCAUUCACAGCCAUACCAUACAGCAUCACCAUGAAAACAUUAGUUUUUGAAAGCUGGGAUUUUGUGUCAAAGAGCAGCUUAGUAUCAUUAUAAGGACUGGAAUUUUUCAAGUGCAAUGCAGCCAGCUCUCUUGCAGCUAUUCAAUUCUGAGCCCAACUCAUUGACCACCUACCGACUAGCCAGUGAACUGCAUAUCAUAAUCGGGACAAUAGAACUUUUGAUGCCUUUGUUUUUUUUCCUAUACUCUUGUUUGAAUAAUCAUGGAUCUCAUUGAGGAGGCUCUGUAAUAAAUUGGGACUAUACAAUCGGCAAGAUGUUAUCCUAAAAGAGGAGCAUCUGGAGUACCUAAUCCUAAGGCAUCCCAGCAGCUUCCACUUGAAUCCUUCUUAGAACAUCCUCCAUGACAAUGACAAACACCAUUGACAAACAUACUGUUUUAUGCUUCACUUGACAUUAAUAAUCACAGGGUUGAACAGUUAUCUGUGUCUGCAUUUAACAAAUCAGAGCUUGUAUGAUCUUAACACAUACAUAAGAAACUCUUCGUUGGAGGGGAGUCUUUAAGGUUGUGUUUUGCCUUUUUUUUUUGUAAUCAGCCAACAAUAAAUACAAUGAGAUCUUAUAUUCUUUACCUUUCAGUUAAUCAUAUGACUAAAAAUGUGAGAUUUUCCAAACAAGAGAAAAUAUUUAUGGAGAUUGGUAGAUACUGUCCUCUCGUUUACUUUAUGAGGGAAUAGUUUUACUGUCAGUAAUUUCUUCCUCUUUUGACAUCUUUUCUGUCUCCUGAAAUCAUUUGUAAAAUUCUCUCUCAAUGCUUUCAAGAUUGUAUCACCUUUAAAGUUUGGUUCUGGGCCUCUUUGAUCUAGCCAGUCUUCCUAACUUGAUCUUCCUACAUUCCAGUACUGUUUCCUCAUAUAGUAUUGGGAACUCAGGUAUUAAGAGUACAAAUGUUGUAGUGGUUCCACUGUCAUUGAUAAAAAUAGAUCAUUACAAAAAUACUGACAUGUUCUGUUCUCUAUUUGUUAUCUUCCUGCUAGUUUCACCUAUUAAUAUUCUGGGAACAAUAUUACUCAUUUGGGUCAAUUACCGAACUUUUUGCAAACUUGUAUUUUUCUCCAGUGCUUUUUAUCAUUUUAUAAGGUGGUAUUGGCCAUGACCUUUUGCCAUUUUUUAAAAACCCUUACCUUGUGUCUUAGAAUUAAUACUAAGUAUCAUUUCCAAACCAGAAGAGGGGUAAAGGGUAGGCUAUUGGAGUUAAGUGAUUUGCCCUGGGUCACACAGGAAGUGUUUGAGGUGAGAUUUGAACUUAGUACCUCUAGGCCUGAUUCUACUUCUGAGGUACCUAGGUGCCCUUCUUUUGCCAUUUUUAAUGCUUUGUUUCCAUUUUAUUAAGAUAACUUUUUAAAAUUGAAAUGUUUUUACAUCACCUUUUUUUUCCCAAAUACAUACCUCCCUUCCUUCUACCCAGCAAGUAAUCUCUUAUAAGAAAGUUCCUUAAAAAAACAAUUCAGCAAAACAAACCAAUUCUUUAACCAAAUCUGACAAUAUAUAAUUCAUACCCUGACAAAUAGAGGAUAAUUUUCUCAAUUUUUCUUGUGAUGUAUAAUUAAAAUGAAUUUUUAAACAUUCAGAGUGUUGAAUUUUUCCUUGUCAAAACAACACAACAACAAUAAUAUACUCAGCAUUUAGUCACCAAUAUUCCAGAAACAAUCUUAUUUUGGGUUAAUCUAAUUCCAAGACAUUUCUGACAUAGAAAAAUGUCCAAAAUGGUAGUUUUCCCAUGGCCUCUGAUAUGUCUGCCCAAGACCAUUUUGGGUAACAUUUAAAGAAUUUGUUCUCAAACCAUUUGGUCUAUGGACCUUUUAUAGUCCUAAAAACUAUUGAGGAUGACAAAAUGCUUUUUUUAUGUGGAUUGUAUCUAUCAAUAUUUACCAUACUAGAAAUGAAAACUAAGAAGUGUUAAAAAUUCAUUUGAAAUAUGUUAAUAUAACAUUUUUGAGAACUAACUUACUAAAAAAAGUGAAAAGUGGCAUUGGUUUGCAUAUUUUUGCAAAUCUUUAAUUUCUGGUUUAAAAGAAGAUAGCAGAUUCCUAUAUCCACUUUUGCAUUCAAUUUUAUGAUUUUCAAAAUUUGAAGUAUAUAUGAAGAAUCAUAUCUAACACACAUAGGAAGAAAAGGGAAGAAUAUUUUUAUAAGCAAAUAAUGCUUUAGAUUUAUUUUGAAAAAUAGUUUUGACCUUAUGGAUUUCCUGAAAGGCUAUCUGGGGACUAUCCUGCUGACCAAUCUGAGAAUCUUUUAAUUUAGAGCUAUCCUAGAAAGAAAAUCAAGAUAUAUAAUGAUAUAGUUAUGGAUUAACAUUCUAAAUAGUUGAGCACUUUUGUCCCUUUCCUCCUAGAAGACUCUCCCAGAGUAAUCAAUAGGUUCUUUCCAUAGAUGUAUAUUAAAAAUCUUAACUAAAGUGAAGGCUUGAGUGCUUUCCAUUGGAUGGAAAUGGGUUCUCCUUGUGGAAUAGACUCUAAUCCCUUUAUAGGAUAGAAAGAGGAAAGAUUGCCCUUAGAUGGGCCAGUAUCCUGGGCAGAUGAGGUAUUCUUUGUUAACAUUAUGGUUACCCCCCUUAGUUCUCUGAAUGAGAAAAACAAUUAUUUCAUAUUAAAAUUUUUACAAUAAUAUGUUUCUAUACCUUUUCAUUGUUGUCUUUGUAUAUAUUAUUUUCUGGUUCUGCUUCACUAUUUGAAUGUCUUAACAUGUUUCUUCAUUUGUUUCUUACCAUGUUAAUUUAUGUUCAGUUUGUUUAUAUAUUCAACUAGUGGUCAUUAACUUUAUUUUUAGUUCUUUCUUGCCACAAAAAGUGCUGUUGUGACUAUUUUAGCAUAUUUUUUGUAACUUUAUGGCACAACAGAAGGAGCAAUAGACCUGGAGUCAAGAAUGCCUAAGUGCAAUUCCCAUCUCAUAUACUCACUAUCUGUGUGAUCUUGGACAAAUCACUUAAACCUGUGCUUGCCUUAGUUUCCUUAACUGUAAAAUGGGGAUAAUAAUAGCACUUACCUCACAGGGUUGUUGUGAGGAACUAAAGAGGUAUAGCAGUACUUGGCACAUAGCAGGUACCAUAUAAAUGCUAACUAUCAUUAUUAUUAAAGACCAUUCUAUAUUUUACUUCCAUUGGGUAUUUGGCAAACACUGAUAUCAUUGGGUAAAAACAUGGAUAUAUUUGUUAUCAUUUUAAUAUGAUUCCAAAUUACUUUACAUAAUGAUGGGACCAAUUCACAGCUUUACCAAAAAGUGUGUUAAUGUACUUCUCUUUAUAGGGCCCCAAUGACUAUUUCUAUCAUUUGUCAUCUUUGCCAGUUUUCUAGAUGUGAGAGAAAAUUUCAGAGUUGUGUUUUGAUUAAUAGUAAUUUGGCUAUUAACAAUUUGUUGUUCUUUUGAGAAAAUGUUUAUUUAAAUAUAUUAAGAAUGGCUUUUCAUCCUCCAUAGUGCUUUAAAAAAUGUUUUAGUAUUCAGUGAUAUACUAAGUUUCUAUGUUCUCUGCUCAGCAAACUGGUCUGGUUAAGGUGGUUUCUGAGCCCCCCUAGUCUCUACAUUCUGACAACUGUUUUAUAUUGAUGAAACUUCGAUAGAAAAAAGAUGUUAAAACAUUUGCCUUUUGCAUUUUCCAUUUUCAUGAAGCUGAUGACUCAUAUUUAAGCCAUUAUAAUUGUGAACAGUUUUGUUUUGUUUUUAUUCUUUUCCUUUCCUUAGCAAGUAGGGCCCUUGUUCAUACAUGGAUCCCCUGAAAUCUACCCAUUUCAAAACAUUUUGUGGGUCAUUUCCACCUUGAGCAAUACCUCCCUAAAUCCUAUCUGCUUUUUUUUAAAGGCCAUCUCAGAAAUAAUGUUACUUCAAAGCAAAAUAACAUUAUUUAGAAGCAAGUGACAGGCAAGGUGGAAGAGAUGUUCUCUGUGUAUUUUUAAGGCCCUUAACCUCAUAUCUAACACCACAAAUCCACAAGAUAAAACAGAAACACUAGACAAGGUAAAAAACUAAUGAAAUAAUAUCAAAGAACUUAAGUACUUAGAGCUCUCAAUGAAACUAUACCAUACCCCAAACCACUUUGGGCAUAGUUAAACAGUCUCCUAUGUUUAUGCUUUCUGGUUUCUGCCAGAAACUUCCUCCACUGUAGUGAUUCAGUUGAUUCUCACUUUAUUAUUCAAAAAGGUAUAGACACUGAUUCGGCCUAGCCACACCCACAAAAGAAAGGAAGAACUGGAAAAGUAGAAGUGGGCUGGAGAAGAGCCCAAAGAAAAGAUAAGAAAAAUGACAGAAGUUAGAGGGACUUCUGGAAAAAGACAUUAAUGCACUAUUGGAACUGAAUUGGUAUGGCCAUUCUGAAAAACAGUGUAGAAUGAAACUGUAUCCCUUUGACCUGCUAAUACCACUACUAUGCCCGUUCCCUAUAGAGACCAAAGAAAAA